AUGUACGCCACCGGUGCCCCCUUCGGCUCCAUCACCCAGCAGAUGUACACCUCUGGAACUCAGAUGUCUUACACCAACUACCCCAUUGUGAACUCUGGCAACCCCAUCCAGGAGGCCGAGGUCGGAGCGCCAGGCACCCCCCUCACCUUCGAACUCUGCGAGAGGUUGGGUCUUCCUCAGGGAACUCUCUGGGGCAACAACGCUAGCGCUACCAUGGCUGCCCCCGCCCCCACCGCAACCGGCUUCCUCCUCCCCGGCAAGGUUGCAUGA